AUGGUUUUGGAUGAUCUACCUAACGUCAAAGAUACAUAUGCCUCCUUGUACUCCUCAGCUAUGGAAGAUUUAGAGGUGGAUUUUGAUUCAGGACUGGAGGAAGAUGAACUGAAACAGGAGGCUGCUCCUGAGGAUUCCACAAUCUUUGUGGCUUUUAAAGGAAAUAUAGGUGACAGAGACCUUGAGCAGAAACUGGAGAUCAUACUGGAGAAUGUGCCUGGCCUUUUACACAUGGAAUCCAACAAGUUAAAGCUACAGAAGAUCGAGCCUUGGAACAGCGUCCGCGUUACCUUCAACAUCCCCCGUGAAGCUGCGGAGCGGCUGCGAGUUCUGGCUCAGAGCAAUAACCAACAGCUUCGGGACCUGGGGAUUCUCUCUGUUCAAAUUGAAGGGGAAGGUGCUAUCAAUUUAGCUUUAGCUCAGAACAGAAGCCAGGAUGUCCGGAUCAACGGGCCCCUGGGAGCAAGCAAUGCCCUUCGAAUGGAAACUGGCUUCCCCAUGCAAGGAGGACAAGGUUUAAUAAGAAUGAGCAAUGCUGCAGCUGUCAUGAUGUCCCAGAGUGGAAAUGUGUCCUCCUCUAUGGUGGCAGGUGGUGCUAGUGCUGAGCUGCAGCCAAGAACACCUCGGCCUUCCUCACAGCCAGAUGCAAUGGACCCACUCUUAUCUGGGCUAAAUAUCCAGCAGCAAAAUCAUCCAUCGGGAUCUUUAGCUCCCCAGCUCCAUUCAAUGCAGUCAAUUCCUGUAAACAGGCAGAUGAACCCAGCCAACUUUCAGCAGCUCCAGCAGCAGACGCAGUUGCAGACACGUCCUCCUCAGCCACAUCAGCAGCCACAGCAGGGCAUUCGACCUUCAUUUACUUCACCAGCACAGGUUCCAGUUCCCCCUGGCUGGAACCAGCUUCCUGCUGGAGCACUUCAGCCUCCUCCAACCCAGGGAGCACUGGGUACAUUGACAGUAAACCAGGGUUGGAAAAAGGCCCCAUUACCUGGACAAAUGCAGCAGCAACUUCAAGCAAGACCAUCUCUAGCAACAGUACAAACUCCAACUCAUCCUCCACCUCCAUAUCCUUUUGGAAGCCAGCAAGCUUCCCAGGCUCACUCAAACUUUCCCCAAAUCAGCAAUCCUGGCCAGUUUACUGCUCCUCAAAUGAAAAGCCUUCAGGGAGGGCCCUCACGGGUUCCUACACCACUACAACAACCCCACCUGACCAACAAGUCUCCUGCUUCCUCUCCCUCCUCCUUCCAGCAGGGAUCUCCUGCAUCAUCUCCAACAGUUAACCAGCCGCAGCAGCAGAUGGGACCAAGGCCUCCCCAGAGUAGCACAAUUCCCCAGGGAUUCCAGCAGCCUGUCAGUUCUCCUAGUCGUAAUCCCAUGGUGCAGCAGGGGAAUGUACCCCCCAACUUCAUGGUGAUGCAGCAGCAAAACCAAGGUCCACAAAGUUUACACCCUGGCUUAGGAGGAAUGGCCAAGCGCCUCCCGCCAGGGUUCCCCUCGGGCCAGACAAGCCAGAACUUCCUGCAGGCUCAGGUGCCUUCCACAGCUCCGGGAGCUGCGGGGAGCAGCGGGGCACCGCAGCUGCAGACUGCCCAGAACGUGCAGCACACAGGUGGACAAGGAUCUGGACCUCCUCAAAAUCAGAUGCAAGCACCACAUGGCCCACCAAAUAUGAUGCAGACCAAUCUAAUGGGACUUCAUGGAAAUCAGCAAGCUGGUUCUAGUGGGGUGCCACAAGUUAACAUGGGCAACAUCCAGGGACAGCCUCAGCAAGGACCACAGUCUCAACUUAUGGGAAUGCAUCAGCAAAUUGUAUCUUCUCAAGGCCAGAUGGUAAACAUCCAGGCUCAGGGGUCACUGAACCCUCAAAACCAGAUGAUAAUGUCUCGAACUCAGCUCAUGCCACAAGGCCAAAUGAUGGUGACACCACAAAACCAAAAUCUUGGUCCUUCUCCCCAGAGGAUGACCCCACCCAAACAGAUGAUUCCUCAGCAGGGACAACAGAUGAUGUCUACACACAAUCAGAUGAUGGGACCUCAGGGCCAGGUCUUGUUACAGCAAAACUCCAUGAUGGAACAGAUGAUGGCCACUCAGAUGCAAGGAAAUAAACAGCCUUUUAGUUCUCAAAACCAGUCCAAUGUGAUGACGGGGCCAGCUCAACUGAUGAGAGGACCAACCCCAAACAUGCAAGGAAACAUGGUGCAAUUCACUGGGCAGAUGAUGGCUCAGCAGGGCCCUGUGAAUGGUAAUCCUUCUCAGGUUAUGGGAAUUCAAGGGCAAGUUUUAAGACCUACUGGACCUGGUCCUCAUGUAUCUCAGCAACUUGGGGAUACUACUACUACAGCAAAUAAUGAUGUGAACUUGACGCAGAUGUUACCUGAUGUUCCUGUGCAGCAGUCAAACAUGGUGCCUUCCCAUAUGCAAGCAAUGCAAGGAAACAACAACACUUCAGGGAGUCAUUUCUCAGGCCAUGGGCUGCCUUUCAACACGGGCUUUAGUGGAACGCCAAAUGGGAAUCAGAUUUCCUGUGGGCAGAAUCCUGUUUUUCCUGUCAAUAAAGAUGUUACGCUCACAAGUCCGCUCUUGGUUAACCUUCUACAAAGUGAUAUAUCAGCAGGACACUUUGGUGUGAACAACAAACAAAACAAUCAGAAUGCCAGCAAGCCAAAGAAGAAGAAGCCUCCAAGGAAGAAGAAAAAUAAUCAACAACUAGAACAAACAACUGCUUCAGAACCACGUUCCUCUGGCCUGGAGGAGAGUGAUCAGUCGUCGAUGUCUGGAGAACAAGGAAUGACUUUAGAUAAUUCAGGCCCUAAACUUACAGAUUUUGCAAGUAGGCCACCAGCAUCCUCUCAACACUUAACACAGAAAAAAAGUUCAGUUGCACCAUCAGAAAGUACUGUUCAAAGAACAGAGCUUGAAACAAAUGCUCCAGUAGUUGCUGGUCAAAGUAAUGAGGCAAAAGAGAAUUGUGAAAAGUCUAAAACUCCAAAUAGAAGAAAUUCAAGAGCAGAGGAUUCUGCAGCUUCACAGGAAUCUGUAGAGAACGGCCAGCGCAAGAGGUCGUCCAGACCAGCCUCUGCCUCCAGCACUGCAAAAGACACGAGUGCCAGUGCAAUGCAGUCAAAAAGAAGAAAAUCCAAGUAAAUUACUGCAUGGAAACAUGAACCUUGUAAAUGAGUGUGAAUUUACCAAUAGCAAUUUUGAGCUGUGAUUUUUCUUUUUUUAAAUAAAAAUUCUGUACAGUAAGUCAUUUUAAUAUUAUACUGUUCCAAAUGAAUGAUUUUUUUUUUUUCUAAAAGACAGAUAAAUAGAUAUAAAAACUGGGUUCUUCUAAAACCCCCUGGAUUUACUGAGUGAGGUCCAGGGUUAGCACAUUAGGUUAAUGUGUUUGUAUGAAAUGGAAGGGGAGGGGAAGACAAUUGUAAAUUUAUUUGUUUCCACUUUUCAUAAACAAAUUAGAAUACAGGGUUGUCAUUUUUAG